AUGUAUCGCCAGGUCAGAGUACAGCAAAACCAGUGCAGAUUGCAACGCAUCUUAUGGCGAUUCAAGCCAGAAGAGGAAAUACAAACAUAUGAGCUCCAAACGGUCACUUAUGGAGAGGCUUGUUCUGCUUUUUUGGCCAUUCGCGCUCUUCAUCAGACGGCCCUAGACAUGCAGCAUAAAUUUCCAAGGGCCUCAGAAAUCAUCCUGCGUGAUUUUUAUGUGGAUGACCUAUUAACAGGAGACAACGACGUUAACAACUUAUUGCAAUUGAAAGAACAAAUAAUUACCGUACUGCAAACCGCCAAAUUUGAGCUCCAUAAAUGGAAGUCGAACCAUGUUGCACUAAUGGGCGUAAAGCAAAAUAAAACAGCAGUACAAUUGGGCGAACGCACGAAAAUUCUCGGUCAGUUGUGGGAUAUCCAACAUGAUGUAUUCCGCUACACCGUAGGAACAUCCAGAGAAUCGCAUAGGCCACCGAAAAGACAAAUAUUAUCCUGCAUCUCUCAAAUAUUUGAUCCUCUUGGCCUCUUGGGCCCUGUCAUCAUCAAGGCCAAGGUGAUAAUGCAGCAGCUAUGGCAAUUGCAAUUGAAUUGGGACGAGUCGCUGCCAGCUCAACUUUACACACAAUGGAGCCGAUGGUAUUCCAAAAUCUCACAGCUUAAUUACUUACAGAUACCUAGGCGCAUCCUAUGCAACGAGCCCAUGGAAAUAGAACUGCACGGAUUUUGUGACGCUUCCGAGCGAGCAUACGGUGCCUGCAUCUACGUCAGGAGUACCGAUCCAAUGCAACGUCAUCACGUCCAGUUACUCUGCGCUAAGUCACGCGUAGCACCACUAAAAACCAUAACGAUACCAAGACUGGAGCUUUGCGGAGCCUUGCUGCUGUCUCAGCUGUAUCAGCGGGCAAGCGAGUCGCUGAGUCUAUCCUUUAACCGCAUUCAUUUUUGGUGCGAUUCCACGAUAGCACUGUCCUGGAUCGCGGGAAAUUCGAGCAGAUGGUCCACGUUCGUCGCAAAUCGCACGGCAGAAAUCCAAAGGUUGUCAGCGAGAGGAGAAUGGCACCACGUACCCUCGGAAUUAGACCCGGCAGACAUACUCUCGCGAGAAAUUGAGCCAGACGAAAUUCGAGAUAACAACUUAUGGUGGAACGGACCAACCUUUCUUUACGAAGACUACAGCAAGAUGUUGGAUAACCCCCCCGAGAUAUCACAAAUUGAAGAACUUCCCGAGGUGAGAAAACGCAUUGUCGCUUUAAGUGCUACAGCGGAAGAAAAAUUAAAUAUUAUAGACAGAUCCUCAUCUUUAAGAAGGCUCAGGCACACGGUUGCUUACUGUCUACGCUUCAUAUACAACGCUAGACAAAAUGCAAAGGGUCCCAAGGGUAAACGCGAAGGAUCCUUGCAGGUGGAAGAGCUUAAACAUAGCAUGCGAGUCCUUAUAGCUAUAGCACAGAAGGAAGAGUGCGCUGACGAAAUUCGUCAACUUUCGCAAAAUUUAAGGGUAUCCUCCAGCAAUAAAAUGUUGUCUCUUCAUCCAUUUUUGGAUUCUAGCGGGCUAUUGCGGGUUGGAGGACGAAUAUAG